AUGUUACAAGGAGAAAAUGGAGCUGGGCAGCAAUCAUUACACGAAAAGGAAAAACAACGAUCCAGAUUAACUACACUGCUCCGACAUUUAUCACCAAAUGUUUUCAAGGUGAAGGAAUCAAUUAAUAAUUUACAACAAUCAUCAAACUCUUCUCUGAACACUUCCGAAUCAUCCGAACGUGAUAAUCCUCAAGAAAAUAUUCAAAAUGAAGAAGAUAUCAUGUUACCAGUGAAGGCUCUCUUCCACAGCAUGAAAAAUCCAUCCAAUAGAAAUUCUCAACAAAAUUUUGAAGAGUCUUUUCGUUCUUCUAUGAAUUCAAUGCCCAAUAGUGGAUUAUCAAAAGAGGAAAUUAAUAAGAAACAGAACAAGUGGAAUAUUGGAUUUCCUGCAACUGAUGUCAAAGCAACCCUAUUCUCUCGGGAAAUGGAAAGAGUUUACACAAGUACAAAACCACUCAAUCCGAGAAGUGCAUUAGUUGAACAGCCAAAGGGUGAACCACCAGAUAUUGAUAAGGUUUUUGGAAGUAAGAAGGGUCAGGGUGGUCACGUUUGCAUUGUUGGACCAACUGGUUCAGGAAAGUCAACCAUUGUGAGAGGUAUUCUAUGUGAAAUGUCUGCUGAAAAGGCAUUGGCAAUUUAUUCAUUGGAAUAUCCUGUUGAAGUGAAUUUACAAACCCACGGCUUGUUUAAUGUUUGUCAAAUUGAUAUGUUUCAAGAAAUUCAAGGAAAACAAAGAUCCCUUGCAGAAACAGCCAAUAAUUUACUCAAACAUGAUCCAGAUAUUAUCUAUUUUGGUGAAUUGAGACAUAAGGUGGAUUUUGAAACAGCAACCUCAAUAGCUCUCAGUGGUGUUCAAGUUAUCAGUACAGGACAUGCUUCUUCACCAAUCGAUUUGUUGGAAAGACUAAAGUCAAUGAAUAUUGAUUUGAAAACUCAAUUCAGAGCUUUCAAAUGCAUUAUGGGAGUUAAGCGUGUCCCUAUUUUAUGUCCACAUUGUAAGAGAAAUAUGGUAAUUUAUGGUAGAACUGAUAAUAGAGCACUCAAAUUGCUGACCAUGUAUAGAGUUGUCACCACAGAAAAAGUGAAUAGAAGAAAGGAAGUACCCGUAGUUUGCAUGCCACCUGAACCAUCGAAUAGUAAGGGUCAGACAUGUCCUCACUGUGUAAAUGGCUACAUCAGUAAUCAUACCAUUUAUGAGUUUUUAUACAUUACACCUGAAUCUGAUAUGGAAACACUUCGUAAGAAGCAUACUUACACAACAGAAGAAACCCUUCUGUCCCUCAUUAUGCAAGGUCAAGUCAAUCCAAUGUAUUUACAGAACAGUGUUUAAGAAUCGUUUCAAUUGAGUUUUAAUUUUUGGAUUGUAGUUUCGCCACCUAAUUGAUGAUGUCAUGUAAGGAAUGCAGCAAUCAUCUAUGAACGAGGAAGAGGAGGGCUAACAAAAUACUUGACAAAACCAAAUGUAAAGAAGUCGACUGUUACAUGAGUCACGAUGACAUAAAAACAUCAAUCAUCCAAUU